GUUACUGGCAGAAGGGAGCUUUUAAUUUUGUUACUGUUUACCUUUCUCAAAAGCACACGGGCAUCGUUAUCGCUUCUAAGCGCGCACUUCUUAGCGAAGUCGACAUGAAGUAAUUGCUUCUAAGAACUCUACAUUGUUAAAACGUAAUUGGCGGAAAGUAUUGCUGUUAACUGAGCGGUGAGUACAUCAGUACGGCGUGAACCGGGCAUGAAUACUGCGAGUGCAUUCUUGUUCCACAUCUUGGUCGUCUUGCUUGACAGAAUAAUAUUCUCUCGUUGUGCAGAGCUUAAUUCAUCUUCAUCUGGCAUAGCGAGCUCCAUCUCUCCAUCUCUUUCGCUGUGCUCAGAUUGUGCUCCGUCUACGGUUCAACCAAGAAACCAGAUCAGUUUUAUUUCGUCAAAGAAAAGAAGUAUUUACCUGGAAACUGACACAAAAUACUUGAGCAGUUCGUUGGUAAUGAUGACUUCUGUCGUAAGUCCAACUAAAACACUGGUUUUCCAUACUACCAAACCUGUGCGACAACCCCUACCAGCACCCCAGCUGACUUCAUUUGGGAUAUUUUUAAUAACGUUCGGUGGUGUAUUAAUUGUAUGUAUGAUCAUCGCAUUAGUUUGGAUAUGCUGUGGAAGAGAACGAAGCCCCGAAGCUCCACAUCCCCAAGUGAAACUGAAACCUUGGAGUCAUAGCCCACCAGAGCAAAGCGUGAAUGAUGCUGCUACCGAAAUAAGCGAUCUCCCAAACAGCUACCAGAACCAAGGAUUGAAUAGUUCAAGUCCAAUCAGUCCUUUCACACAAAAUACCAAUACUGGGAGAAUAACAGAAAAUUUCAGGGAGUCACCGCUAAUUUAGGGAUACAACUGAACUUAUCACUUGAGAUAAAAGAUUUCCUUCUACACGUUAUGACAUAAUGAAGGCUAGUUCCAAUCUCAAUGUCACAUAACUGCGUCAAUGUGUGCACUCACUUGGUGAUGAGAGUGAGUGCGAGAAAAGAGCCGCACUACAGACGUUAUGUGUAAGGAAUCUUUUCCACGAUAUGUCGUUUCUGGAUACACAACCCAGAAGUAGGCGGCACACCUUUCGCUGAUGAAAUAACUAGCUUGGACCUUAACACUUUCUCUGGUACCAGAGUGAUAUCGUGGCAGCUGGUGGGGAACACUUCGAGCACAAGACAAAAAUGUGAAUUACCGAGCUAUGUUAUUUGUAUUAUUCAAUGUCUUUGGUUCCUUUUGUUUAAUGUCAUGUGUGUCGGGCGCGCGGAGAAGGAGCCCGGAAAUUAGAUCAAAGAGCUUUAUCUUUGUUGAUAGUCAAUAGCAAAAGAUACUAUGAAGUAAAUUAUCUACAGAAAUUCCUUAAGAAGGUGUGUUCUAAUAGUCUAUUUUGAAUCUGAUCAAGAGUUGCCCUGGUUUUGAAUUGAUACACUCUCUUGAAUUUUAUACGUGAACUUUAUUAAAACAUUGCCGCUAUCUAACAAAGCUUUCAGUUAUCCAAAGUAAGUAAAUUCAAAAUAUGAAAUAAAGAAGGGAU